AAAGAGGUUAUAUUCGCGUGGCAUAACGGACGCGCUGGAUGUAACAUGGAGCAUAAUUUCGUAGUGGAUACUCCUGCAAAUUAUGUCGCGGCAUUGAAAGACAAGCUCGUCACCCGAGGGAUCAGGCAAGAUCUAUAUUGGCGCACGACGUGAUCAUCGUCGUCGUCGACGGUAAAAAGAAAUCUUUCGGCGAACGCGUCGGCGAAGCGAGCGAGCAUGUGGGUGUUUGGUUAUGGUUCCUUGAUAUGGAAAGCGGAUUUUCCAUACGAGAAGAAGAUCGUCGGUCACAUCAAGGGAUAUAUCAGGCGGUUCUAUCAGAAGAGUACCGACCACAGAGGCGUGCCCAACAGGCCUGGACGCGUGGUUACGUUGCUCGCCUCUACCAAUCCCGACGACGAGGUAUGGGGGCUCGCUUACAAGAUAUCCUCCGAGAACAUAGAGAACGUGGUGAACCAUUUGGAUUUCCGAGAGAAGGGUGGCUACAUAAAGAAAACCGUCCUCUUCUAUCCCUGCGACUUCUCAAAAUCCGGCUCGAAUGCCAAUGUGGUUUUGAACAAUCUUUCGAGAACGAGCUUCUCGACGGCCUCGCUGUCGACCGCUUCGGACGAAGCUCCGUUCUACCUCACUAUCUACAUAGGUGAAGAAGAUAAUCCAAAUUUCGCCGGUAUGGAGAGCAUAGAUACCAUCGCGAGGAACAUAAUUGUCUCGCGCGGCGUCAGCGGCUCCAAUGUAGAAUAUCUCUAUAAACUGGCGUCCGCGAUGCGCACGAUAGCACCUGGCGUGCAAGACGAGCAUCUGUUCGCCUUGGAGAGUGCCGUGAAGGAAUUGAAGCAGGAGAAAGAGGAGUUCCUGGAGUUGGAGUAAUUUUCAUGAAACAUGAUAGAUGUACUGAAGCGAGAAGAUAUGGCCAAUUGUGUCAUCAGUCAAAAUACGACUGUUUGAAUAUUUAGUUAAUUUCAUCUUUUCUUUUUUUCUUGUACUUAGAGAUUCUUAUUAAGAUUGUGUUUAAUGUAGCAAACUGUAAUAAUUAUUUAAUUUUAGCAAUGAAUUUAUAAGUUAUAGAGGCUAUUGAUUAAGAGAAGUUUUGGCUAAAAUUAACGAAGUGGACUGUUGGUGCAAUUGGCCGAGGAAUAAAAAAAAACGAAACUUUUUUGCACUGUCCAAAGGAAUAAUAGGAAAAAUUAUAAUAUCUCCGUAUAAUUAUAGGCAUAAUAUUUCUAA